AUGGAAAUGCUUGGAUUGGAGCUCCAGGUUCGCGAAGUGAAAUUGGUGCACGAAGUUCUUGACAAUGACGAUGGUGAGCCGACGCAAAGAAAAUGUCGCGUGGCGGAGGAGGUGCAGUACGUCGAUCCUUUGAAUUGGCUCUUGUUGGAUGAUGAGCAGGACUUGUUCGAUGGCGAGCUGAAAGUCGAACUCACCAAAGACGCAGCUGAUUUCUUUGGCGUCAAAAAGCUGCGAGCUGCUGACGCGGACAAAGUCCUGUUCUUUGCAAGAACUGACUGGGACGAUGCACACGUUGGAUUCUGGCCCGUGAUGGGGUGCCUCUGGUGCAUCUCGCGCGACAAGUUGCUACACAAGUUUAGAAGCAACAGUUUCGAAGGCGUCGAAAAUGAGCUUUGGGGCAACGAAGGCACCUUCAGCAUCUACUGGUACAAGGCAGCCGCACUGAUGGCUCGAAUUCGUGCCGACGACGCCUUGUGUUGCGAUGACGACAUUGAUUUGGAAGAUUAG